AUGGCAAGGAUCCUGAUUCUAGGUCAAAACUGGGCAGAUCUUGUGAUGGCAGGAGAAAAAUGCAUCGAGUUGCGAAAGACAAGGAUAUCUUCUUGUAAGCAACCAGAAAUGAUGUACUUGGGAGUCAAAGAUACAAUUUUUGCUCGGUGCCUAGUUUGCCCUGGUGUGAAAAUCGAGAACGAAGAGCAGUUCAACAUGUUGAGGAAUGGUCACCGAUGGGAAGGUGAGAAGCUUCCCUACGGCUUCCCGUUCAUGGGGCAUGCCUUGUUGCAGGUUCAGGCAUUGAAGCCUGUUGAAUUUCAAAGGGUGUGGGGCACUAUUGGUAGGGCCUUGUAUCGGCCUCCUGGUUUCGUGGGGCUUCCCGAGGAUGGAGAAGAGGAAGGAAAAGGAGAGGCAACAAGCUCAAAAGGCAACGUGGCCAAGAAAAAGGGAUCUCAAAAGGAAAAGACAGGCAAAAACACGACAAAGACCAAGCAGAACCAAAUCAAAUGCCUUCCACCAUCUGCGCUUGAAGGCCAAACGGUGGAGACAGUUGAGCCUACCGAGCACCUUCAACCUAGCUCGCAGAGGCUUGAAGCAAAGCAGAAGCAAUUGCAAAGGAAAAGGGAUGCAGACAAGGCUGAUGUUCACAUCUCGGGAGGGGCCUUGGCACACCUCAACAACCUUGCCUUUCCACGCGGUCCCUCAAAGACAGCUGCCUACUUGUUGGGGGAGGUUGGCAAAAAAAAGUCUGUUUCAGUGAAGUCUCUCUGGAUUCCAAGUUGGGAGGCGCAGGGUGAGAUGGAGAAGUGGACUGUGAAAGAAGCCGGUUUGAAAAAAUGGGCAAAAACUUUCCGACCUGCUCUGGCAGUGGUGGGGCUUUGCCUGGUGGUGCCAGAUCAGGACACUCCUGAAGUGUCAGCGCUCAUGGCCUUUGAUCAAAUUUUGAAAGAAGCUUCCCCAAAGGAGCUGAUCUUUGGUUUGGUUGGAAAAGACAAGUAUUGCAAAAUGUACCACAUCGUCGAAGAUGUUGCACAAGAGUUACACCUUGAAGUUCACUGGGUGGGAGAUGCCUCCCUCUACACUGCCCACGUGGUAGCUCAAGAGCUGGAAGUGUUUGAGAAGGUCAGAGAGCAAGCCAAGGCAUCAAUUGAGAAAAAGGGCGUUUGUCAGAGCGUCCAAGCCAAAAAGAAGCAGCAGAACGAAAAGAGAAAGCCACCGCAAGAGGACAGUGAAGAAACCAGAGUCACGGCAGAAGUGAGCUUGAGGAAAAUAGCAGAGCAACUCCAGAAUUUGGCAAUUUUUUUGCUGGAAAACUUGCAGAAUUUCAACCAGGAACGUGACGCCAGCAUGCAGAGCAAAUAUGCAGAAUGCUUGGCAGCCUAUCCCUUGGCACAGCUUGAGCUCAGCAAAGUUACACCCAAAUCAAGCAUGUGCCCAGAAAGUGUGCAAGAGGCAGGGCAGAGAAUGGCAAUCAGAGAGAUGGACCGAUUGAUUGAAAGCGGCCAAACAACUGGAAUAGAAAAAGCCGUGAUGAAAACAUUUCCAGCGAUUUUUUGUGGCUUGAAGGGAAACAAGAGUGGCAUGUUGGGCCGUUGGAAGACACAGUGCGACAAACAGCGCUGGAGGGAAAUCCCCUUUGAGAAGCUUUCAGUCGCUGACAGGCAAAUGAAAGAAUUGCCUGAUUGGGUCAGGAUUCCCUUGGGUUUGGUCCCUCGCAACUUGGAGCGCUUCAGGGAAGGUGGACAAGUGCCAGUUUGCAUAGUCAACCAGCUGGUUGAUCUUGUGGAGAAGCUGACAACUGGCUGUAAUUCUGCUGCUUUGACAACAGGUACUUUGAAUAGCAAGCAAAUCCAGAAAGAGGCAGAGAGGCUCCUGAAAAUCUACAACAAAGCACAAGAGGAGGCAGCUGAAGCAGCAGGAAAACCAGUUCCUCUAGCAAAAACCAAGAUCUCUGACAGGUGGGCCAAUCGGUUGUUGGUGAACUAUGGGUGGAAACGCCACGCUCCAAACACAUAUGGCGCAUACCUGGCUUACGACGACGAGCGCAUGGUGAAAUCUCGCAAAAUGUUUGGAUUCAGAAGGUUGGCCAACAACAUCCGCUUGGACCUGUGCAUCAACUUUGACCAGGCAUUUGAUCAACGCAGGCGCGUGCUUGGCGAGCGCUACGGCCAAUCCUUCGAGUCAGAAUGGGGCCUCAUUCUGUGCGACAGUUUCACUGGACAUCACUCAACCUCUGGGGGGGCAGAUGUCCAGCGCAGCCAGGAGGUUGGUCUGCACGAGGUCAACCGUGCGUGGGCAUGGCUAAGCCGUGGGAUGGCUACGUAUGAUGACAUGCAGGAGUUCAACCCGGGGAUCGAGGGCAUGGACAAGGAAUCAUUGAAGAAGGAGAUGAGCGCUUGUGAGCUCAACGCCGAAAAUUCUGAGACGUGGACAUCAUCCAUUGAAGAGGUCUUUAUGCAACCAGACGUUCAACGGACAACCUUUCUCUGGCAAAUUGAUCUCAAAAGCGAAGCUGAGGUAGCGUGGGAGGAUGAAGAAGAAGACCAGGAGUUGAAUUGGAGGUGUUUGCCAGCACAUUGGCAAGCCAUUCUCAACUCACGACUUGCAGAGUUCAACUCGAAGAUUCAGGAUGCAGAGGCAUUCUAUUUGCAUCGCAAAGGAGAGUUUGGCGAGGGGGACGUGAAGACCAAAAAUGCACUCAAAAAAUGGGAGUCUUUGAAAGAAGGUGAAGGAGCAAGCAGCGUCAUCUUGAUUGCAAAGGGCACUGGCAAGGAGGCUUCACCCGAGGUCUACCACAGAGCUGUCUCCCGCUCGAAAGGUGUAGUCAAAGUACAGUGUGGACCAAAAAUCACGGCAUACAAGCUGAAUGUGAAAGAAAUGAACCUAGACGAAGGGGGAUUUGAAGCUGCAGAGGAUGGGCUGGAAGCCAACAUCCCCAUCGACCCUGAGGAAGAGGAGCACAACGCAAAAGAGUCGAUCAAUGUUGACAAGGGCGAUGACUUUCCCUGCUUUGGCCAAUCUCAGGAUGAUGCUUCGGACGAGGAGAUUGUGUAUGAGUUCAAGGAUUGUGAUGCCGCCUUUGAAUGCGUGGCCACAGAAGCGACGUCUUCCUCUGAGCCGGCACCAGUUGGAGUGUCACCAGCUGGCACCAUCAAGACUAUGGCAGCUUUCAUGUUUUUGGAGCAAGUUGGGCUUUCUGAGAUUCCCAACGUUCCAGGUGUUGGGAUGGGGGUUCACACUACCACCCAAUGUUGGCAAAUUCGCUACCCUCGUGCAACUGGCAAGCAAUCAGCCGGCAGGUGUUGGGGUGACCUCAAAAAAAAGGGGUUUGUGCCUCCUUGCCGUGCACUGUUGGAAUGCUUGCUUUGGUGUUGGGAGGUCCAUUUGGCCGAGAAUCCCACGUGUGCUGUUUCGGCUGGAAAGAUCCAGCUUUUGAAAGGGGCCAUAAAGGCUGAUUUGGGACGUGACGUCAAAUAG